AUGGGCUACCCGGUUCGGGCUGCGGCCUCUGUGCAGCUAACCGCAGUUGACUUUACAGUGGGCGAGAAUGUUGAGGUUUGGAGCAACAGCCGCGAGAAUUGGCUCCCGGCCGUCGUGCAGGGGGUCUACCUAGCGGCCACGACAACGGAAGGGUUCGACGUGCCUCCCGGCUCUGUGAAGGUUAUUUCAUCAGCGGGCGUGAAGUGGGUCAUGGCCGACUCCAUCUCAUCGGUGCUUCGCAAAGCGAGUGCGGAGGGCCUCGCCACAAUGAGCAAGCUGGGAGCCGCAGGAGGUGCGCCGAGCUCCUCAACUCGAAAGCUUUGCAAGAACGGAUGUGGCAGGCUCGUCCAACCUGGUCUCACAAGAGGCUUGAAGCCCUACGACACCUGCUGUAAGCGCUGUGCGCAGAAGCCUGGGGCCAACGAGCACGACGAGAAUUGUGGCGGUGCAAAUGUCACAAGGGCUGUCCAGUGUUUCGAUGUGCUCCGGAGCCUCCGCGAUGAGCUGGAGGCGAUACUGCAUGAUAAGAUGGUGCUUGAGCAGACGGUCAGAACAGCUUUUCAGCGCGUCAGCGUGCCUUUCGAGAGGCUGAGCUGGCAGCAGCUACGUGCGCCACUGGAGGAACUCCUUGAGCCCUUUGGUGUUCGCUUGGGGGUGAAGGAUCAUUUCUUGGAGCACCUGUGCCAGCAACAUGGACAGCCCGAGGACCGGACGAUCGAUACAGAUGGGAUUUUGGCAUUGAGCCGCACUGUCCUCGAGGAUCGCUAUCGCUCGUGGUUUCCGGAGAUCCUGCCCGUCUCCACUGCAAGCUUCGUCAAGCAAAACAAGCGCCCUUUGGAAGAGGUCUAUGCAAUUGGCAAGAAGCUCGGUGAGGGAAGCUUCGGCACCGUCUACGAAGUGGACCACAAGUUGUCCGGUGAACGUCGAGUUUGCAAGAAGAUCUGGAAGACCAAGUCUGAUAUGACAAGUCAACAGAUCCUGCAAGAGAUUGGUAACAUGGCGAUGUUGGAUCAUCCAAACGUCAUCAAAGUUUUUGAGUACUUCGACGAACCCAACUUUGUCAGUCAGAUUAUGGAACCUUGCUACGGCGGCGAGCUGCAAGACAAGGUUGCUGCGUUUCGAAAGACUGGCAAGGCGCCCUACGAUGAGGCUUUCGUAUGUGAUGUGAUGAAGCAGACUCUGCGGGCUUUGGCCUUCAUGCACAAGAAGCCUUUUUUGCACAAGGAUUUGAAGCCGCAGAACAUCAUGCUGGUCGACCAGGACAGCUCUUCCAUCAAGGUCAUUGACUUCGGUUUAGCUGAACUGUUCAACCCCAUGCAGAAGUUCGCCAACUUCAUCGGCGGCACGAGGCUGUACAUGGCACCAGAGGUCUUCCGCCAACAAAUGACGGUGAAGACAGAUAUAUGGAGCGCGGGCGUCAUUCUGUACAACUUGCUAACUGGUGACUUCCCUUUCCUGGCUCAGUGGCCUCCGCCAAAGGGCAAGGACGAAGCCUGGUGGGAAGAGCAGACUAUCCAGAAGAUCAAACAUGAAGCCCCAGUCAGACACCCGCUGCUGAGCAAAUGGUCUGCGUGCUGCAAUGACCUUCUAAUGCGCAUGCUGGACAAGGAUGACGCAUCCCGUCCAGAUGCCGCCCAGUGCUUGGAGCAUCCCUGGUUCUCCGCUUACAGCGAGGUUCCGCCAACCCUUUCUGUCGGCGUGCUUCAAUGCGUUGAGUCCUAUGCGAGGAUGCCGGAGCUUCGCAAGGGAAUCUUCUUGCUUUUGGCGCAUCAAUACGAAGUGCAAAAGACAGCCCUCGUGGAGCUCCGGUCACUUUUCACACACUUUGACGUGCGGAACCAGGGCAGUCUCAGUGCCCAGGAUCUGAAAGCCGUGCUGGUCAAGAGUGGAAUGGGAGGUGUGGCUGCCGAGCGGGUUUGCCAUGCCCUCGAUCACCGACGAGAUGGACAGAUUACCUGGACUGAGUUCACUGCAGCUGCGAUGUGGUAUGUUGUUUGUCGGAAUAACCGUGCCAUCGAUGCAGCCUUCGCUACUUUUGAUGUUGACCAGGACGGGCGGAUAACUGCCCGUGAUCUGCAGAGCGUCCUCGCGGACGAAAAGGGCCGCGAAGCAUGGCACAAGCACAUGCCUGCGCUCUUCGAGGACAUUGAGAAGCAAGAAAUCACCUCUAUACAGAGGACGGCACGGAACGCAAUUCGCAGUUUCAUGCACGUCUUGAAGAAGGAGGCAAUGAGGUAUGCAAAUCUCGAUCAGUUCCGCCAAUACUUGCAACAGAACAUGGAUUUUCGGGCUGGUGAUGCGCUGUACGCAGUAUCUUAG